AUGAAGAACGACGCCGAGACUGAUGUCGACAAACGGACGGAGCGAUGUCAGGAAGAUGUGGGGUCGCCUGAGCCCCCAAGAACAGAUCUGGAAUCGCUUGAGCGUCCGACGACAGGUCUGGAGUCAUCUGAGCCUCCAAGAACAGGAAGGAUAACGAGAGAGAGUAAGAAUGGACCUGCUGGCGACGAUGGCAGCCAGAAAAUAUUAAUGAAUAAAAGUAGUGAUAAGAAGAGAAACAAGAGAGAAGAAAAGGCCGCAAUAAAGAGUAAAGAGAGAGAUGAGAACACGAGGAGGAAACAGAUGGUAGAGGAACACAACAACAAGGGUCGUGAUGGAGGUGACGAGAAGGAACAGAACACGUCAAAAAUCUCAAGAAACGACAAAAAGACAAAAACAAAACAACGAAGAGAAAGAGGCAAGAAGACCCUUACGAGAAUGGGAAAGAAUGACCUUAAUAAAGACAGCGACAAGAACAAUGGACCAACUGGGCCUGGCAGCAAGAGAACACGGAAACCACAAGGAAAAGAAAAGAACUCUAACGGAAAAGACAACUGGAAAAGUGGAAGAAAACGGGAAAAAAGAAAGGGAACAGACAAUAACACAAGAAACAAGACAAUAACAGCCAACACAAACCGAAAAGGAAAAGAGAUAGAUAAAGCGCAAGGAAAAAGGAAAAAUGACGAAGAAAUAGGCAAACCCGAACGAGAGAGAAAGAUAAAGGAUUACAUAAAAAUGAUGAAGAACACGAGAACUGGAGGAGGAAAUAAGAAGCACAGAGGAAAGAACAACAAUAAACACAGGAGGAAAACAAAUACAGGCGAACCGAAGAUGAGAAAAAUCAAGAAAAUUAAGACAGAGAAGCAAAAACCUGAGAGAAAAAUGAGUUCAUCCUCGAGGAAGAAAAUGAAAACAAACUCGAAAGAGAGCACGUUCAAUAUAAAGAAAAGGAUUUUUAACGGAAAUAUGAGUAACAGGAAUACUAUAGCAAAUACAUUGACUAAGAAGAAAAAGACGAGUAAUACAAAGAAGAGUAAGAAGUGUAAGCUGAAGAAAAAGUGCCAGAAGCUUGGAGGUUCCUGCCGGAAGCGGUGUUCAGCGGGCGAGACCACGGUGAAGAACGGCUGUAGAGGACGCAAGUGCAAGUGUUGUGUGACGAAAGAGUGUAAGCUGAAGAAAAAGUGCCAGAAGCUUGGAGGUUCCUGCCGGAAGCGGUGUUCAGCGGGCGAGACCACGGUGAAGAACGGCUGUAGUGGACGCAAGUGCAAGUGUUGUGUGACGAAAGGUAAGUGCAAGCUGGUGUGGUGGACGCACGACAUCGACUACCACCAGCACGACAUCGACUACCAUCAGCACUACAUCGACUACCACCAGCACUACAUCGACCAGGAGAACCUCCAAGACAUCAUCGACCACUACACCAACUGGCAGUACAUCGACCACUACAAUCACAAGUACUACAUCGACUAA